GACGUUCCGCGGCGUGUUUAUGUUAAAUACUUCGUCGUCCUCGUCGUCAUUGUAUUAUUAAUAUUUUAAAAAUAAAACUUUCAACAUGAUGAAUAGCCUGUGUAGGAGACUGCAUAGUAAUGUAGACAAGUUCCGAUCAAUGUCAAAUCUAAGCUACAAACAUGCCGUUGGAAGGAAACCGUUGAUCGGAAAGACCGUCGGAGAUUUGCUGAAGAACGCUGCUGAAAGGUUUCCCGAAAAGGUAGCGGUGCAGAGCCAAAACGAAUCGAUGACAUUCUUCAAUCUUCUGGAGAAGGCCGAUCGGUUGGGAGCGGGUUUGAUGAAGCUGGGUCUGAGGAGAGGAGACAGAUUGGGGAUCUGGGCUCCGAACAUUCUUGAAUGGGAGGUAACGUGCAUGGCGUGCAGCAGAAUCGGAGUGAUUCUGGUUCAGCUGAAUCCCGCGUACAAAGCCCAAGAGAUCGAGUAUUGCGUGAACAAGGUGGAGAUGAAAGCGAUCGUUUGUCCUGAAAAGGUGAAAAAGAUCGAGUUCUUCAGCAUAUUGAACGAGCUCGAGAAUAUAGGAAGUUUCGAUAAGGAUAGGCUCAAUUUGAGAACGAUGCCCAGUUUGAAACACAUCAUUUUGAUCUCAGAAAACAAGCACAAAGGAGUUUAUAAUUACGGAGAUUUAUUGGAAGAUUCUAGUGUUGAAGAGGCGAGGAAAGUUUUUCGUGGUCAGGAUAACGUGAAAUUCGACGACGGGUUUAAUAUACAGUUCACUUCCGGGUCGACGGGUCAACCGAAGGCAGCUCUCUUGAGUCAUUUCCAAGUCGUGAAUAACUCGAACAUGACAUCCAUGAUGAAGCACGAUCCUAAUGUAGAGCAGAAAAUCUGCUUCCAAGUUCCUUUCUUCCACACGUUUGGAACGACAGUUGGAGUGGUUGGUUCCUUGCAUCACGGAAACACUAUAGUCCUUCCUGACAGCACAUACAACCCUAAAGCAGCAUUAAAAACGAUAGAACAAGGAUGCAACGUAAUAUUUGGAACGCCAACGAUGUACGUGGAUUUGAUAAACGCGCAGAAAGACAUGAAAUUAGAACUGAAAGCUUUCGUCGCCGUAAUUGGAGGUUCGCCAUCAUCUCCGAAGCUCAUCGAAGACAUGAGAAGAAUCCUUAAUAUUAAAAACAUUGUGUCGAUUUACGGGUUGACCGAAACAACGUGCGUUGUUUUUCACGGUAAUCUCCAUACCGAAGACGUUAAAUUAUACGACUACGUUGGUAAAAUCUCGGAUCACGUUGAGGCCAAAGUCGUCGAUGCUCGCGAUAACCUUGUGCCUUUUGGUGAGGCCGGUGAGCUUUGCGUGAGAGGAUACUCAACGAUGCUUGGGUAUUGGGGUGACGAGAAGAAAACCAAAGAGACAAUCGAUGAUAAAGGAUGGCUUAGAACCGGAGAUAAAUUUGUUUUGCACGAAGAUGGCUACGGCCAAAUCGUUGGGCGAUUGAAAGACAUGAUUAUUAGGGGUGGUGAGAACAUUUAUCCGAAGGAAAUCGAAGGUUUCUUGGACGGGCAUCCGGAUAUUGUCGAGUCGCAGGUGGUGGGACUUCCCGACGAGAGGAUGGGCGAAAUAGUUUGCGCCUGUCUGAGGAUCGAAGAUGGAAAAGCGAUAACGCAAAAGGACGUGCAGAAGUUCUGCGAUGGUAAACUCGCGCACUACAAGAUCCCAUCCGUCGUUCACGUGAUGAAGAGCUUCCCAAAGACAACGUCGGGAAAGAUACAGAAGUUCAAAUUGCGAGACGACAUCCUGGCCGGAAGAAACCUAUGAACGAGAUCACUCGCUUGGAGCUAGAUUGUUUUUCUUCGGCUCAAGUAACUCCGUGGUCAACCCAUCCACCAACAUUUUCAAAUUUUCUCCGACUUUUAAGUAACUCCUGCGAAAGGCAAAUAAAAAUUAUUACAGAUCA